GAACCGGGAGAGAGGCUAUAAAACCGGCCGGCGAGCCAACAGGGAGAAGAAACAGAGCAGAACAUGAGAGAAACCAACAUGGCUCUGGCUGACUGCGUGAAACCUGCCGCCCUGGACCAGAAGGGAGUGAAGAGGAAAAACUGGAGAAACAGAAUAGGAGUCUUGCUGAAGACAAACUCCCCCCAGUCCAUAAUAAUGAAACACAGAUCCUGCAGGCCGAGUGGCGAUGACGUGAGCCAGUGGGCGCAGUCGCUGGAGCGACUGCUCGGUCAUAAAUAUGGGAAAGCUGCCUUCUGUAUCUUUCUCAAGUCGGAGUUCUGCGAGGAGAACCUUGAGUUUUGGACGGCGUGCGAGGAAUUCAGGACGCUGACGGCGCCGGAGGAGCUGGCGGCGAGAGCCGGCAGCAUUUAUGAGGAAUUCAUCCGGAACGAGGCUCCCAAAGAGAUAAACCUGGACUUCCACACCAGGAACCUCAUUGCCCAGAGCCUGCAGGCCCCGACGGCCGCCAGCUUCCUGCCGGCCCAGAGGAAAGUCUACGCCCUGAUGGAGAACAACUCCUACCCGCGGUUCAUCCACUCCACGCUGUACGGAGACCUGCACGCCGCCGCCACGAGGGGGGGUCGACAGGGAAAGUCCUAGGGGGGAAAACCGUCUGUUUACCGCCAUGACUGACGAUGCCGGCGCAGGAUUACGGAGCUGAAUGCAAAGACAAUCUACCGGUGAAUGCAGGACUAGGGAUGGGAAUUGAUACGAUUUUUAGGAUUUCAAUUCCAUUUUCGAUUCUGCUUAACGAUUCAGUUGUUUAUCGAUUUUCAAUUGGAAAAAGGGGGUUAGGGUUUCAUGCUGUGUGCACAAAUCUUUUUGAAUGUUGAUAGUAUUUCCUCCUUUUGAGUGAAAUAUACACUUGCAAGUAUUGCAAGUCGCCCCGUUGUCGUCUUUUUAACUGAAAUGUAACCAGACUUUGGAGCAUUUGUAUCGCUUGGGCGCCAUGUUUAAGGGCCAAUCCCAAUUUUCCCCUUACUUUCUACCACUAGCCCUCACCCACUACCACUUCACCCUAAAAAUGAGUAGGUCCUUGUAAUGUUCCCUAGGGAUUGGGACACCAAUUGCUACGUCACUGCGUGGUUUAUGUUCGGGUACGUAAGUGACUGCGUAGUUACGUUUGCACAUACGUCACACAUAUCAGGAAGCCCAGAGCUAAAAGCUGUUUUAAUUUCCGCUGUAGCUCUGUUAUUAUGCCACUUUAUUAAGUUUUAAUAUUUUUUCAGGCGUAAAAGUAACCAUUAAGAUCCCCAACCUGGGCUCAGUUUAUCCAAAUAACGCCUGUUAAGAAAUUUGCUCCGAUGUUUUCGGGGGAUGAGAAGAGCC